GUUAGUAUUAAACACGACCAGCAUACAUGCAUAUAUACCGUACAUACAUGUAUAUUAAGUUCGAAUACUGAAUAAAUCGCUCUCUGAAAAUUGUUUCGAUAUUUUAUGGAUGAACAUUGCAUUGGAUAUUAAUGAGUUGUAUGAUGCUGUACGUCGUAUUAAAUGUAUCACUCGCGAUCGAGAUGACAUGACAUUGACGAUCAAGUCAGUGGAGUUGUGUAUAUGAAGAUUGAAAAAGAUAUACACGUUAACACACGUGUCUUUGGAGUAUUCAACAAAGAGUUGUAAGCUUGAGCAUCAAAAUUCAACACAAACAUCUGAACAUACAGUCGUUUACGAUAUUCAUCUAUAGUUCAAUGAGAGCACGAGGGUUGUCCAAAAAUUGCUAAUAACAGGCCUAGGUAACAGUUGAUACCAUCAUGUCGGACGAGAAGACGCCGCUCCUAGUUGAUACAAAUUCCAAUGUGCCGUUAAAAGAGGAGACUAAAAACUAUGACAGUGGUACUAUUAAAGACGAUGACACUAAGGCCGAUGAUGUGACGCAACGUAAAAAGCAACGGCUUAUUGUCGUGGAGCCGGUGCUAUUCUGUUUAGUGAUCGGGGCACUGGCGAGUGCUCCACUAAUGCAGCAAUACAUUUACGCCGAACUUGCCGAGGAAAUGAACAUUACACUAGUUAAUAAUAACGAUGAUAAUACGCAAUGCAAAUACGUUAAUGAAACUAGUGUUGAGUAUCUGAACGAACAACGGGUUCAACAACAGACUUCGUAUUGGAUGAUAUACAUUACGAUUACGUACGGAUUGCCUGCAAUAUUUUCCACAAUGAUUUUAGGUUCUUAUAGUGACAAAAAAGGCAGAAAAAUUUGUCUGAUUCUUCCUAUAAUUGGAGAGACGUUCAGGUCAUUAACUGUCGCCUUAGUUGUUAUUUUCCAUCUGCCUUUGCCUUUACUGUUGGUGGGAACCUUUGUCAGUGGUUCAACCGGGUCAUUUUUAACUGCAUUGGCCGGUUGCAACGCCUAUAUCACAGAUACUACAAGCAUAAAUGGGAGGACGAUACGACUAGUCAUCAUGACUGCAGUUCUGGGGGUAGGCCAAGCCCUUGCCUAUAUUGGCACAGGAUACCUUGUCCAAAUCUCUGGCUUUCUUUAUCCAUUUAUAGGAAUUGUAGUGAUAUUACUUUUGAGCCUAUUGUACACAGUGUUCCUAGUACCUGAGACGGUGCCAAAGAUGCCGAAAGAGGCGAAUCUUAUUAAGGACCGCGUGGUUAAAUCCGUGCUGAUAUUCACCAAGGACAAUGGCACCAAUAGACAGAAAGUCCUCCUUAUGCUUCUUUUUAUUUUCCUUGUCUCGUCCUUUACUGUUGUCAGCGCAGGGGAGGUGGUCACUCUGUACCUCCUUAACACACCACUGUGUUUCAACUCCACCAUGAUCGGCGUCUAUAAUGCUGUCAAACUAGUGCUUUCUAAUAUUAUCGGUACAGGUCUUUUGGGGCUUUUGCAAAGAUGUGUUCCAGAUCAGUGGAUGGUCAUCGUUGGAUUGAUGUCAGGCGCCCUCAACGCACUUGUAAUGGGAUUCGCUGGCGAUGUCCCUACUGUCUUUAUAGCGUUAGUCAUGGGAGUGUUCCAGUCAACAACGACGCCCCUUCUGAUGUCAAUAGCCUCCAAACAGAUAGAUCCAAGUGAAACUGGAUCGCUAUUUGGAACAAUAUCUAGCGUUCAGCUGAUAUGUUUAACCCUGGGAGGAUCGUUGUCAGCUUUGGUGUAUUCUGCCACCCUCCUGUGGAUGCCGGGGUUCGUUUUCUUCCUCCUAACCGCUGUUUACGCCUCUGCAAUAUUACUUAUGCUGGUGCUCAUAAAAAUGCUUCGUGACAGAAAAAAGAUUCCCGGGGGAGGAUUGGUUGAAGUUAAAGACGACAGUGCAGACGACAAUCAAGGACAAUAUUUACCGGCAGUUGGAGUAAAGCACAGAAUCGGCAAUAAACACCAACACACAAUGGCCACUAAUAAUUUGACAGUAGAAGAACUAAAGAAGAUCAUGUCGGAAGUCUUACCUCCCCGGUCUAAGCAAGUCAGGGGGACGAAGCCUCAGCCCAGUGGUAGCCAAGCAACGUGUUGGAUUGUCGUGGGGAAUUCCCAAAACAUGGUGGCAGCGGGGAAUCCUCAUGAUGAAGUAUACCCCGGAAUCCUACUGGGUGAUAGGACAAUAGUUGAAGACAUAACUGCUCUCAAAGAACUAGGAGUCACACACGUUCUCAAUGCAGCCAUGGGUGGGAAGUUUGGACAGAUCAACACAAACGCGGAGUUCUACAACGAGGGUGGGAUCGUGUUCCACGGUGUCAGAGCCAUAGAUAUGUUCACAUUCAAAAUGGCACCACAUUUUGAAACAGCGGCAGAAUUCUUGGAUGAAGCCAUAUCGAAAGAAGGUAACAAGGUCUACGUCCACUGUCAUCAAGGACUAAGCAGAUCAGCAACCCUAGUAAUAGCAUUCCUAAUGUUGAAGAGACAAUUCACAUUGACAGAUGCAAUAACAUUGAUAAGGACUAAGAGGGAAAUAUUUCCGAAUGAUGGCUUCCUGAGACAACUCAUCGAGCUAGAUAAUUCCCUCAAAGAAGAAAUGACCUCUGCGACAAAAUCACCCCUGCCAGAGUGAACGCUUGUAAUAUUGCCACCGGCAACCUUUGAAAUAUGACAUACUCGAGUUAUAACCCCGGGUUAUGAUCAACGGUCUGUAGCCCAUAGACUUUGGGAUAAAUGGAUAGAGUGAAUCAAAACGUUUGAGACUCAUCAAAUGGUUUUAAGAACGGGCAGUUAGAGAUUGACUUCGAGCUCCAUAUACACUGGUCAGUACAGUAUCAAGUGACGGUAACGGCCGUAACCUUCGCAUCUAAGAUGGCGAACG